CGCGAGAGUUCUCGCGAGAAUACAUUUCAAAACUGGCGCGGUUCGUCAAAACACUUUGGAAAUACAGACCGUUUGCUUAGUCAACCAGAAGUAAGACUUCUCGGCACGGAAACUUUGACAGUAUUAUCUGUUCGUGACGCGAUUCAAACUCCCAGAGGGCAAGAUGACGGCCGACGCGGAGCUAGAGAUUAAGGAGGCGUUUCUGAGGGCGCAGAAAAGCCACAGCAAUAAAGCCAAACUCGUGGUCGCUUUGAAGAACAGAUACAACAAGCUUGAGGACAAAACCCUCUUCCACGAGCAGUUUGUUCAUUACCUGAAGUAUGCCAUGAUUGUCUACAAAAGAGAACCUGCCGUCGAGAACGUUAUUGAAUUUGUGGCCAAGUUUGCUACAAGUUUUGAGGUUCCGGUGGACAAUGAGGCCGAGGAGGAUGAUGAAGAGGAGGAAGAAAAUAUUUUUUUAAAUUUUCUGUUUAAUUUUCUGCUGAAGUCUCACAAUGCCAACAGCCAUGGGGUGCGCUUUCGUGUUUGUCAUCUCAUUAACAAACUGCUGGGGAGCAUGGCUGAGAAUGCCCAGAUUGACGACGACCUCUUCGAUCGCAUACACGAGGCGAUGUUGAUCCGAGUAACUGACAAAUUCCCCAAUGUCAGAAUCCAGGCUGCUCUGGCCAUGGCAAGAUUGCAGGAGCCUGAGAAUGAAGAAUGUCCCACUAUAAAAGCCUACAUCAUGAUUCUUGACAAUGACACUAACCCUGAAGUGAGACGGGCGGUGCUGUCUUGCAUAGCUCCUUGUGCUCAGACCCUUGCCAAAAUUCUGCGGCGAACCAGAGACGUGAAGGAGGCCGUGAGAAAGCUGGCGUUCCAGGUCCUUGCCGAGAAGGUGCACGUAAGAGCUCUGUCCAUCGCACAGCGAGUCAAUCUCCUGCGGCAGGGGCUUAACGAUGUGUCAGAAGCGGUGAAGGAGGUCGUGCAGCAGAAGCUGCUGCCGGCCUGGCUCCGGCUUCUGCAGGGCGACGUGCUGGAGCUGCUGCACAGGCUGGAUGUGGAGGACUGUCCCGAGGUGGCCGUUUCAGCCCUCAACUGCAUCUUCAGUCUGUCGUCACCUGGAGACCUGAUGCAGGGCCGCAUCAACCUUGACAACAGGAAACUGAUGCCAGUGGAAACGCUCACUUGUGAGAACGUUCUGUACUGGAGGGCGCUGUGUGAAUUCACCAAGUCCAAAGGAGACGAGGGGGAGGAGAUGCUGGAGCAGCUUCUCCCUGAGGCCGCCAUCUUUGCAGAAUACCUUUAUGGGUACUUGAAGAGCAUCCCAAUGCUGAGUGAAGAAAACAGGGCGAAUUUCUCCCAGGUAGAGGUGGUCAUGACAAAGGAGUUCAUAGGUCAGCAGCUGAUCAUGUUAGUGGGCUGCCUGGAUACAGCUGAAGAAGGUGGAAGGAAAAGGGUGAUGGCUGUGUUGCAGGAGAUGCUUGUCCUACCCAACACCCCCACCUCGCUUGUGUCUCUGCUGGUGGAAAAGCUGGUCACUGUCCUUAACGAUGAUGAGAAAAGGAUACAAGUUGUUGCAGAAAUAAUCUCUGAUGUUCGUGAACCAAUUGUGCCAGUCAGUAGUGCUGUUGAUGAAAACGAAAUCAGGAGAAGGCAAGUUAGGCUUGCAGAGGUCAAGGUUAAGAUUUUUGAAGCCAAACAGGCACUUGAGGAAUGCAUUGCUUCUCAAGAAUUCAGCCGCGCUUCAGAACUGAAGGAUUCAAUCACUGAGCUAGAAAACCUGAAGAAUCAGCUAAUGAAAGAAGCAGAGCUGCCAGAGGUGAAAGAAGUUCGCGUGGAGAAGAAUGACCCAGAGACCUUGUUGAAAUGCCUGACAAUGUGUGCUGAGCUCCUGAAGCAGAUGUCAAUUAAGAAAGGCAUUGGGCCCACAAUGAAUGGCAUCCUUGAAUCCUUGAUCUUGCCAGGCAUUGCCUGCGCCUCUCCUGCAGUGCGCAACAUGGCUGUUAUCUGCCUGGGCACCUGUGCUCUCCACAGCAAGGAUCUUGCAAAUCGGCAUCUGGUCCUUCUGCUGCAGAUCGCGCAGCUGGAUGAGCCAAAGAUCAGAAUAAGUGCUCUGAGAGCUGUAAUCGACCAACUGCUGCUCAAUGGCCUGGAGAUAGUCAGGCAAAAGUCCCCUCGUACCCCAGCAGACGAUUCUGGUUCUGAAGACGGUGAUGCUGAAAAAGAAAAAAUGGGGGAUGAUGUGAAAGAAAGCGAUGAUGAGCAAGACACAAUCCAGAGCAUUCUCCUGAUGUUCUCUGAGUUUCUUGACAGCGAGAUACCAGAGCUCAGAACAGAGGCUGCAGAAGGUCUGGCCAAACUGAUGUAUUGUGGAAGGCUCUCCAGCAUGAAGCUUCUGUCCCGGCUCGUCCUCCUGUGGUACAACCCUGUCACCGAGGAUGACACCCGUCUUCGUCACUGCCUGGGGGUCUUUUUCCAGGUGUACUCCCGUGAUAGCAGAUCCCAUCAAGAGUGCCUUGAGGAAAGUUUCCUGCCAACUUUGCAGACUCUGUUAAAUGCUCCUGCCACAUCACCCUUAGCUGAAGUGGACGUCUCGAAUGUAGCCGAACUUUUCAUUGAACUGACGAGACCCAGUGCUUUAAUUAAUCCCAACAGAAGCUCUAAUUUUCAAGAUAUCUCGGUCCAUGACUGCUUGGCAGUCCGUCUCUGCAAUGAAAUUUUGAAGGACCCCACCGCACCUGAGGGGCGGUUAUAUGCAAAGUGUCUUACCACUCUGGAGCUGAGCACGGAGGACUGCACGUCAAAGAAGGACCUGCAGCUGCUUCUGGAUGAAGUCUGCCAGAACGUAAAGGACAAAGUAUGUCUGAGGGCAAUUGAAAAAGUCAUAUGCCAACUUAAUGGAGGAUCUAAGGGCAAGACUUCAGUGACUCAGGAUGAGCUGUCCAAAGUUCACACACCAGAUGACACCAAUCAAGUCCUUGCAGAGGCUGAAAAUUGUGAAGAGGAAACAAAGUCCACUAAACGACCAAAAAGAGGACGACGGACUACCACUGCCAAAACAGCAAAGAAAGGAAGUAAUGUGAAGGAGACAUCGGACAGUGAUGGGGAGAAGAUACCAGAGGCAGCUGCAGCCCCCCGGGCAUCUCGUCGGGCAAAGAUGGCAGCAAUGGAAAAAACCAAAAUGGACCUAAGCGUCCUGAUGAACAGAGAAGCAAACUGAUAUCUAGAGUGAAAGAUGCCAUUAUGUUUUAUACAUCCUUCAAGUUUAAUAAAGAGUGCUCAUUUUAACACAAUUCAGUAAUGAUUUUUGAGAAGCUUAUUUUACUAGUUUCUAUUAAAGGUGUGUAUAAAACAUGUCAUUCAGAACAAAUCAUUGCAUGUGGUAAAUUACAUAAUAUAUUUUAAUGCAAAUUUAAUCUCCCCAUAAGGUUGCAUUAGAAUUGGAGAAUGAGCACAGCUGAAACAGCAGCCCAGUUCUGGAUUUGAAAGAUUGACUCAAUAUUCAAUCUUACUGAAUGUUCUGUGGAAGAAUUGCAUUGAACCUGUAAUCGCAUCUUUUCAUGUAUUAAACUGUCCUUGAAGUAAACUAAUUUCACUUCAAAUAAAAUUUCAUUUUAAUGUGCGGUAUAUGGUAACAUCAAUUUUUAAAAACUUUCCAGACUAAACCUGUGUACAAUAGAAAUCGGUUGCAUAUUUAGGCCUAAUUGUGUUUUAAUAGUUGAAUACAGCAUUUUUUUUUAAAAGUCUUGUAUUUUCUUGUGGUUUUCCCAUUUAAGAUCUUUGAGACUUUACUGGGGUACAUUUAAGGCCAUGUCUUGGAUGCUGUUUUUGUCUCAACCUUGACUGGGAUCUGUUGAUGAAUUUAAUGACAUUUCAGUAAAACCCAAUGCACACUGA